AUGAAGGAAGAAGCACAUGCUGCUCAGCCACCCAAGGACGCAGUCUUUGGGGCAGGACCUACUGCGGUAGUGGAAGCUCCACAGGGUACAAAUGCCGCAAUGGAUGCCAAGGACGUUGAUACAGAUUUCAUGGGACAAAGGGCCAGCUGGCUGGCCCAGAUGCACAGACAAGCUACCCCAUUUGUCACGAGGAAUUCACAAAGAGCAUCAAAGGACACAUUGGUGCUUGGGUACUCGUUCAAGUGGCUCCCGAGGGGUAGGUUUGGCCAGAAAAAUUGGCAGUCAAACCAUGACCCGAUGGAUGAAAUUGUCAUCUCAUAUAUCUAUCAACCAGUGUGGGGUAAGGCACUGAGUGUAAGGGAGAUGGAGGAGCUGAAUAUUGCAAUUGCUGGAGCUUUUUGCAGAAUCGGAAUUGAACUAACAAAGCAUUCUACUGCUGAGACUUGCUGCAACUUGUUCAUAUAUCUCUCGACACUGCUCUGCACCAGCUUAUCAAUAGUAAGGUUGAAAUUAGAUGUUGUAGGUGACAUAAUAGGGACAUGUCCCUGA